AUGGGCUGCGGUCAAUCAGUCGAAGAAGAUGCCGCUGGCAAGGCUCGUAACCAGGAGAUUGAGGAGCAGCUGAAGCGUGAUCGUAUCAGCAUGAGGAAUGAGAUCAAGAUGUUGCUUCUUGGUGCGGGAGAGUCGGGCAAGUCGACAGUGCUCAAACAGAUGCGGUUGAUAUACAACAAACCCUACGACGCCGAAGAACGCGACUCCUUCCGAGAGAUCGUCUACUCCAACACGGUCCAAUCCAUGCGGGUCCUUCUGGACGGUGUCACCCUCAUGGGCAUCACCAUCCACCCUGCCAACGACGCGCGCUUCAAGUCCAUCAUGGAGGCGCCGGUACAAGUCGAGGGCGGGCAGAUGCCACCGAUGCUCGUGGAUGCUGUAGCGGGGCUGUGGCAGGAUCAGGGCGUCAGGGAAGCAUUCAACAGGCGGAAUGAGCUUCAAUUGAACGACUCGGCCCCCUACUACUUUGACGCCAUCAACCGGAUUGCGGCGUCCAACUAUAUGCCGACGGACCAGGAUAUCUUGCGUGCCCGAGUCAAGACGACGGGUAUCACCGAGACGCACUUCAAGAUUGGCGAGUUGACGUACAAGCUGUUUGAUGUUGGAGGUCAGCGGUCAGAACGUCGGAAAUGGUUGAACAUCUUCGACUCGGUCACAGCCUUGGUCUUCCUCAUCGCCAUAAGCGAAUACGACCAAAAGCUAUACGAAGACGAAACCGUCAACCGGAUGAGCGAAGCCAUGACCCUCUUCGAAUCAGUCGCCAACUCGCGAUGGUUCAUCAAGACCUCAAUCAUUCUCUUCCUCAACAAGAUCGAUCUCUUCCGCGCCAAACUCCCAUAUUCACCCUUGGCGGAUACGUUCCCCGAGUACAAGGGCGGCGGGAACUAUGAUGCCGCGUGCUCCUUCUUGCUGGAGAAGUUUGUGGGGCUCAACAAGAACCCGAGCAAGUCGAUCUAUGCGCACUACACCGACGCGACAGAUACGAGGGCAUUGUCGUUUGUCAUCUCGGCGGUGAACGACUUGCUGAUUCAAACGAACCUCCGGGAUUGUGGUCUGCUAUGA